ACCAUAAAACAAUCAGAUCUCGCUGACUGCGGACAGCCAGUCCGUUUCAUCGACAAACGUUCGGCGACUUCACCACGGAGCAGUUUAAACACUCGUCUUUCAGUGACCGGUUCAAAAUGCAACAACUGUUCGAAGCCCAUCACGGACCAGUUCAUUUUCAAGGUGCUCGAUCGCGCCUACCAUUCGCACUGUUUGUACUGUGUUGAGUGUAAGCAGGAACUAAAAACCAAGUGCUACGCUCGAGAUAACUGCAUUUACUGCAAGAAGGACUUCUACAAGAAGUUUGGCACGAAAUGUUCCGGUUGCAAAGAAGGCAUCAUACCGCAGAGCAUUGUACGAAAAGCGCACGACCAUGUGUUUCACUUGCAAUGCUUCAAGUGCAUCGUAUGUGAGAGCGAACUGGCGACCGGUGACGAGUUUUACCUGAUACCGGCCGAUGGGCGCCUUGUAUGCAAAGACGACUACGACAGCAGUAAAAACAGAGACAUGGAAUCCCCUAACAAACGACCUCGGACAACAAUUUCCGCCAAGCAGCUGGAGACUCUGAAACACGCCUAUCAAGCGUCACCAAAGCCGGCGAGGCAUGUGCGGGAGCGUCUGGCGCUUGACACGGGUCUCGACAUGAGGGUAGUGCAGGUCUGGUUCCAAAAUCGUCGAGCCAAGGAAAAGAGGAUGAAGAAGGACAGUGGCCGCAACAAGUGGAGUCUGUACUUGGCGAAAAGAAGCAAAGAGGCAAGCGUCGACACUGGAAGCAAUGAGUCGUUUGACGUCUGUUCGUCUGACGACAAUCGCAGCAUGCCCGAAUACGCAGGUGAGUAA